AUGGGGGAUGAAUAUCGUUUCCAAACCCUCUGGAGGUCAGGUGUGCUCAUCAGUAGGCCAGAAGGUCAAUAUAGUACAUACCCUGGUGUCAUGAAACCAGAGUUCAUACUGGUUGGCCUUUAUGAUCACUUGACACCAUUGAGAAUCUUUAAAAAGCACCCUGAGUGGUUCAAUGUUCUUAUGGCAAAUUUGCCACAAAGCUUCGAAGUCAGGAUUGCAAGCACUCCAGCUUUUGAUCAAGCCGAGCUAAUCGACAUCCCGCAGCCUCAUGUGAGCCUUCUCGUCCAGACUCCACUUCAAUUUGAAGAGGCGAAUGCAUAUCGCACAAGAUUUCUUCAUCAGGGCUAUCUGUUUGAUUUGAAUCCUGCCAAUGUGAUAGUUGGGGCAUGCGAAACUGUUCAGCAAGUCCCAUAG